CACACGGCGAGGACGGCGACCGACAGACGCCGGGAUGUGAGCGACUCGAGCGGGGGCGGAGGCAGCUGCAGCGUUCCACGAGCAGAGGCGACGUCCUUUCAAUGACUACGGACAGCAGACUCGUAGAUUUACAGCGAAUAACAUCGAGGCGUCACGCUCGGCUCGUUGGGUUUGAUUUACGGGCGGCGGCAUCCAUCGUCCGCGGUCGAACAUGCCCCCCGCGCCGAGCCUCCAGUCCAGCGGGCUGACGCUCUCCGAGAUCAGCAUCGGUUCUUUUAAGAGAAGGAAGAGGAAAUCCAUCAUCGUUACGGUGAUGCUGCUCAUCGUGUCCUUGCUCAUCCUCAUCUUCGGCCUGGCAGCGACGACCAGAACGCAAAACAUCACAGUGGGCGGCUACUACCCAGGACUCAUUCUGGGCUUUGGCUCUUUCCUGGGAAUCAUCGGCUCCCAUUUGAUAGAGAACAAGAGGCAGAUGUUAGUGGCUUCUAUUGUCUUCAUCAGCUUUGGAGUGGUGGCUGCAUUCUGCUGUGCUAUUGUAGAUGGAGUUUUUGCUGCCAGGCACAUUGAUCUGAGGCCUCUGUAUGCUGGACGGUGUGACUACCACUCCAGCGAGACUGCAUCUGAACGUGACGUGCCCUGCCAGACAUUGUCUCGCACAUCCUGCAACCUGCGUGUGAGAAGCAACACGUGUUACUGCUGCGACCUGUACAUCUGUGGCAAAGAGCAUCCUCUAAUGGGACUUCACAAUAGAGAUGGUUUGAAAAAGUUUAAGAAACCAUCCAUGAUUUGGAACCGUGUGGAGGUGGUGGGCGGCUACCACGAGUACACAGACGUGAAGAGCUGCCAAGACGUGGUGCACCUCUACCACCUGCUCUGGUCGGCCACCAUCCUCAACAUAGUGGCUCUCUUCCUUGGCAUUAUCACUGCGGCGGUGCUGGGCGGCUUCAAAGACAUGACACCUGCUCAUACAUCAGGAAGUACAUCGGAACCGGAGGCCAUCUCAGCUUCAGUCGCCUCUGAGGCUCCACCACGUGCUAACUCAAAUGUCAACUCCUACCACAAUACCGCCCCCUGCCUGCCGCCUUACACGGCCUACGAUUCACAGGGUUCCUACAUGUUCGCCGAUACCUCCGGUCUGUCAGACGACUCCCAGUCCGGUGCCAGUCACCUGUGGCCCACCAUGGUCCCUCCGCGCUAUUCUCCACCUCACAACCAUCCAGACGACAAGCCGCCACCUUACACCCCCUAAGAGGGCUCAAACAUCGUCUUCGGGUCUUUCCAAAGGACAAAACUGUGGAACCCCAGCAGCAGGGCGACCACUGCUGCUGCUAACUUUUGAGUUGAGAGCAAUUUUAAGGGAGUAAAAGGGUAUUCUGGGUGCUGCUUGCACACUUGGCCUGGAAUGUUCAAGCGAAUCCAGGGAAAGGGAAACCUGUUUACAGUUGUUCUGCCUUAAUGCAGUCUUCCAAUGCCACAGCAUUGUCAUCUUCAUCUUUUCAUAUAGUUUCCACUAAACACAUCCCACUGCCCUCCAUGUUUUUGGGGGAGAUUCUGGACGUGACAAAAAUAGAAGUUACACACCUUUAGUGGUUUAGAGCAGUAGUCUCCAACAUUUUUUUCCGCCAGAGACGGUUUCACGCAACUAUAUUACUAUUUGGGCUGGCAUAACAACAAAUUAUUGAAAACAAAAUUCUACAUUACACUGAAUGUACUUGUAUUUAGUGGGAGCCCUGUGCUUGUUUCUAUUCAACAAAUUGGUCCCAAAGUUGAGUAGUGGGAGACAAUGACAAAUGCAGUGGGUUACUGAGGACCAGUCGACUGCAUAAUUUUGUUUUGAUUGCCAUCAUUGCAGAAAAUAUCGCUUUUCGACAGGAUGUUACAAAUGAAAAUUGUAAGCUCUUGUUUCAUUCAUUUGGCCUUUUCCCCCUUUUUGAAAAAGCUUUCCUGUUUUUUGCUCAUUUUUGCUAGCUUGUGGGCUUUUUUACUACCAUAUCACAUGACUGAGACAAGCGGUUUGACGUGUACGGAGUACAAAUAAAACUUCUUUCAGACUGAUCAAUAAAAUAUGUGCAGCGUGGUAGGCUUACAAAAUGUCCUAUGGACUGGAGUUGUUUCACGUUGUCCCUGUGCUUGGGGAUCCCUGAUUUAGUGUCGCUAUCUUAUUGGAGUUGUAGUACAGGCAGUAGGAAAUGCAGUAUUCUACAGGUAAGUUGUAUUUAAACACAGACUGUGGUCAUUUAUUACCACAUUAAAAAGACUAUAUUAACUUAGCUUGUAAUAAAGUAUAAAGUCUAUGAAAAGAUGGUAUUCCACUCCAAACUAUUUAUUAAUGUAUAUUCUCACUUCAUGCUCCCCAGCAGAAACAAAAGACUCCAAAUGGUACCUCGCUCUAUUUGUAAUUAGCCACAGUUUCACCAGCAGUAGAUGAGAUCAGAUGUGCUGGAAGAGUAAAGGAGAUGAUGAAGAAACAUGCAAAACCUUAGUAAAAAGAGGAUGAGAAUGGGAUAGAGCUCCUUGAAACUUGCCAGAUGUGUUGUUAGAAAAACAGAUUCUCAGGGCUGCUGUGUCCCACUUCUUUUCUGUCCUGGCAUUAAAGUUUGUU